UCUCAUUGCAGUCGAUGGCAGUGCGGUCCGGUCUCCGUGGGCUUUGGUCUCAUUGUGGAGGAGGUGGCCGCAGCCUGCUUACUACGAAGUCGUCCUCUUUCGGAGUCGUGAACAGCGUUAGAGAGAGAAACAUGUCUUCCCCCGUCAGGAAACUCAUAAACACGGCUUCAGCUCCGGCUGCCAUUGGACCAUACAGUCAGGCGGUGGUGGUGGAUAGGACCAUGUAUAUCUCUGGCCAGCUGGGGCUGGACGUUGCCUCUGGUCAGCUCGUACCUGGAGGAGUGCAGGCCCAAGCUAAACAGGCGCUCAUCAACAUGGGGGAGAUCCUGAAAGCUGCUGGCUCUGACUAUGGCAAUGUGGUGAAGACCACCGUGCUGUUGGCAGACAUCAAUGACUUCAACAGCGUCAAUGACGUCUACAAGACAUUUUUCACCAGUAACUUCCCUGCCAGAGCCGCCUACCAAGUUGCUGCUCUCCCAAGAGGCGGUCUUGUGGAAAUUGAGGCUGUUGCUGUGAUCGGUGCCAUCUCUGACUCCUGACCAGCCAGCUACGCCAGGCACAAGCUGUAGUCUCACCAUCCAGCCGCCUUAUAACUCCACCACGGAAACCUUCCCAGGUUUCCAGCGUACAGACAGAUAUUUUACAGUUCACAACAGACUAAGCUCUUGUUGAUCUAUCUUUGUGAGCAGGUUGGGAAUUGAACCUCCUUGUCUCUUUGCCACAUUAACUGACGGAUUCCAAAGCUUGUCUCCCACUUAACACAUGUGCUAUUAGCCAGGCGGGUUCACAGAAGGGCAAAAUGAUUGAUUCCCUGCCAAAAUUACUAUACCACCCACUUCAUCACUGUUGUGACUAGUGAUAAUUUUGUAAUCGAGUAAAUUUGCUGAGGUUACCAUGACCUAUAUUGUACGACCUAUACGCUCGGAUUUGGUGGUUCAUGUUCCUUUGCAUGAGCCAGCGAAAAGCUUCAUAAUACUCAUCAAUCUGUAAUACUCAUCACUCAACAAGGGCGAGUAAAAACCAAUCUUGAA